CAUUUAUGCACUAUUUCCUGGGGGUUUACAGUUUACUAGUCAAAAUUUUUUAUGUUUUCUCUAUAACUCUUCUACUAUAUAAACACUUACAAAGUGGCUUAAAGCAUUCACAUUAUAAUUAUCCAAUACUUUUAUAAUAACUCAACAUUAUUAUAUAUUUUAAUUUAACCACCUCUUUCAAAAAUCCUUUAAGCUGGAUUACUUCACCUGUAUGGAGUCAUCAUCUAAUUGGGUUCUUGACACUUCCUUUGGUUUUAAUCUUAACCUUAAUCUUUGUAACACCUCGGAAAUCGAUGACAAGAUACACAAGGAUGAGAGGAAAAGUGGGAAUUUAGAAGAGGAGCUGAACAGGAUGAACAAUGAGAACAAAAAGCUCACAAAACUGUUGGCAUCCAUGUGUAAGAAUUACAGUGUGUUGCAAAACCAGCUGAUAGGCUUGAUUAGUCCGAGUUCGAAAGGCGAAAAUGAGCAAGAUCAGAAUCCAAAGAAGAGGAAGUUCUUUGAAACAAUGGAUUGUGGAAUACAGGGGAACACUGAGCAAAGUUGUAUUAGCUAUGAUGAUUCAUUAAAAAGAGUAAGGCUUCUUAGCAGCAAGCCUAAGAUCACUAAUAAAAUGUUGAUUCGGACCGAUAUAUCGGAUACAAGCUUGAUAGUGAAGGAUGGAUAUCAAUGGAGGAAAUACGGGCAGAAAGUAACAAGAGAUAAUCCGUCUCCUCGAGCUUACUAUAAAUGUGCUAAUGCUCCUGAAUGUCCAGUAAAAAAGAAGGUGCAAAGAAGUGCAGAUGAUCCAACUAUCUUAGUAGCAACAUAUGAAGGUGAACACAAUCAUCCUCAACCAAAUUCAAGGGAUCAGUUAGAUCAACAUGUUUUGUUAAGCUCAAGUCAAUCUGUAAAUGAUAACGCCGUAAUACGAUCUCCUAGUAACAUCCCUACUCUAAACCUUGAUUUGAUCAACCAUAAUUAUUCCAACAACACGGAGAAAACGAACGCCAUCGAAUCAAAAGUCGACACGAAGGCGUUGCAGAGAUUACUGGUAGAGCAAAUGGCAUCUUCAUUGACUAAAGAUCCUUCCUUUACUUCAGCAUUAGCAGCUGCCAUUUCUGGAAAAGUAUCAGAAAAUAACUAUUGUGAACGAUGGCUAUAAAUUAUAAGCUACGUACGUAGUAUAUUACUAUAAUUAGAAUAAUAGAACUUUUGUGUAUAAAUUUUAGACGGUAUGUGUAGUACUGUAUACGGUAUCUCAUUAUUACUUUAUUGCAUUUCAAGAUUGUUUCUUUUAAAACGGUGUCGGUAUGUGAUUCCAUAAGCAGGUUAAUAAAAUGAGAAGGAUAAAAAGAAAAA